AUGAGUCACAAUGAUUUGAACCCGUUAAACAAGUUGUUGUUUAACUUAGUUAAGAAAACCAUUUUGCCAAGAACUGCAAAGAAGGGAGAGGCAUGCUUGAUGGAUAUGGCUGUAAUUUUCUGUCUAUCUAAGAAAAUUAAAGUUAAUUUCCCUGCGUUGAUGUAUCAACACUUAGCACAUUGUAUUCCAAGUAGGACAAAAGUGGGCUAUGGAGCCAUUUUGUCAACUGUGUUUGAAAAUGCUGGAGUGGUUCUGAAGGGUAGGUAUGGUGCUCUGGAUGAGAAGCCAGAGAAUGUGCUAAAUGAGGAAACACUAGCUGGACUGAGUUUAGAGAGAAGCAUGGAACAACCUCUAGAGUUGGAUGUUGAGGAGGGUAUCCUCGAUGGGCAAGUUGCAGAAUUGGUGGACAUGAUGGAAAGGGUUGAGAAGCAAAUGAAGGAUUCUGCUGGAAAACUUCAGUUGUUAACUCUGGAAAAGCUAGUGCAGGAGCAGGGAAAGGAGUUAAUAGAGCUCAAGAAGCUGGUGCUGAAACAGGACAAAAAACUUCAAGAGCAAAAGAAGUUUCAGCGAGAACAGGACAAGGCUCUACAGGAACAAAAGGAGGAGUUUCUUCUGAAACUCAAGAGUCUUGAAGAUAAUCUGGCAGCUUCUUCACAACAAACAAAGGAGGACUACAAGAAAAUUCUGGAGUUCCUUGAAACCUAG